AGGUUCGAGGCAGAGAUGUCUUACGGAUUCCAGAGAUUUUUCUUCUUAUUCUACUGCCUGGCGUGCUUCUGGCCAGAACUUGGCGCCGAAAGCAACCUAAGGGUGGUUAAUGAAUGGGCUGAGUUGGAAUUCGUCUUCCCUGAUGAAGAAACAAAGCAGAUUGCUAUGACCAAACAGCAUUAUGUGCCGGGGAAGUCAAUACCUAUUGACGUAGAUAUUCAGUAUAGAAAGGACACUCUAUCGCCACGAAUUUUCGUAACCACACCUCGCUUCAGAGAUGGUCGUCCCGUGACUCUGGGCACAGUGGACGAGAAGGGCAAGAUCUCUGGAUACCCUGACUACUCCUGGCACGAAAAUCAAGGUCAGAACUGCGGAGGAUUAACGUCAGUAUAUAGGACUGCGAGGUGUUUUAGUGUCCCAGAUACGUUUUGGGCGUUGUACUGGUGGAUAAAGGAGAAAAACGGGAACACAAAUAAUGAUGAAACUGGCGACGAUUUAGAAUUUCAUAAAGAAGACAAAGAACGUGCAUAUCUCGGCAAAGUCGGACUGGGAGCCAUUUCAACGCAGACCCAAAUUCAGAGACAUGGUCUUAAUUAC